AUGUUUCAUUAUUUAAUUGUGAUUUUGGGCUCUACAGGGCCAGGGAAAACUAAACUGUCCAAUAAAAUUGCCACAAAGUUUAAGGGAGAAGUCAUUGGGGCUUAUUCUAUGCAAGUUCACAAAGGUUUAGAUAUUGUAACAGCAAAGGCUACAAAAGAAGAACAAUCAGCCGUACAUCAUUUAUUGGAUGUGGCUGAACCCGGAGAGACUUUUACUGUUGUUUAUUAUAAGAAUAAGGCUUUGAAAAUUAUAUCAAACCUCCUAUCAAAAAACAUCAUACCAAUAAUAGUAGGCGGUACAAACUACUAUAUAGAAUCCAUUUUAUGGAAAGUUCUAAUCGAUCCACCUACGAACAAAAACCUAGAUGUUGGCAGUGUUUCGGCGCAACAUUUGCAUCCUAAUAAUAAGAGGAAAAUUGUGAGAUCUUUGCAAAUUUAUCUACACACCGGUAAAACCCACACGGAAAUUUUGUUAGAACAAAGAAAUCCUAAACAAGGCGGUUGUGCCAUUGGUGGCCCUUUACAUUUUGAUAAUGUUAUUUUAUUCUGGCUCAGAUGUGAACAGGAAGUGUUAGACAAACGUUUAGAUUCCAGAGUGGACAGUGUGAUGCAAGAAGGUCUUAUUGAUGAAUUAAAAGAAUUUAGAGACUUAUAUGUCCGGACACAAGAUGCUCCUGAUUUCACUUUAGGCAUUUUGCAGACGAUUGGUUUGAAAGAACUAACACCAUUUUUAGAAUGUGUUGAAAAAACUGAAAACGUUGAUGAACAACACAAAAAUAAAUUGCUUAAAGAGUGUUUGGAUAAUCUAAAACUUGUAACCAGAAGAUAUGUUCGAAAACAAAACCGUUGGGUGAGGAAUAGAUUUCUUGGAUACAAAUACCGACAAGUGCCUCCUUUGUACGGAUUGGAUACCAGCAAUCCUUUCAAAUGGAACGAGAUGACCAGAGAUCCUGCUUUCCACAGUAUAGAAAGUUAUCUUUCUAAUCAACAACCAAAUGUUGAACCUUUGGAACAAAUUGUCAACCCGAAUGCAGCUGAUGACCUGAAUCCAGAAGUUACUCAUUUUUGUGAGGUUUACCAAAGGAUUUUUCUAGGCGAUUACCAAUGGCAAUUGCAUACAAAGUCCAAAAAACAUCAACGUGUUGCCAAAUCGAAGGCGAAACUCCAAAAAGUUGAUGGAAUAAAAACAGAAUAA